AUGGAUUCUGAGUCUUCUUUGACCGCCGCUCCCUCCCCGGGGGGCACUCUGUCUGUCCCCAAUGCUACCAUACCCUGGCUGGGCAGGGAUGAAGAACUAGCCAAGGUGGAGAUUGGUAUCCUAGCUACUGUCCUGGUUCUGGCCACAGGGGGCAACCUGGCUGUACUACUGACCCUGGGCUGCCAGGGCCGCAAGCAGUCCCGCAUGCACCUGUUUGUGUUGCACUUGGCCCUGACUGACCUGGGCGUGGCGCUUUUCCAGGUACUGCCUCAGUUGCUCUGGGAUAUCACCUACCGCUUCCAGGGCUCUGACAUCCUCUGCCGGGCCGUCAAGUAUCUGCAGGUGCUCAGCAUGUUUGCUUCCACUUACAUGCUGCUGGCCAUGACGCUGGACCGGUACCUGGCUGUCUGUCAUCCCCUUCGCAGCCUCCAGCAGCCCAGCCAUUCCACCUACCCUCUUAUUGCUGCCCCCUGGCUGCUGGCUGCCAUCCUCAGCCUCCCUCAGAUUUUCAUUUUUUCUCUGCGAGAGGUGAUUCAGGGCUCAGGGGUGUUGGACUGCUGGGCAGAUUUCUAUUUUCCUUGGGGGCCACGGGCCUACAUCACCUGGACCACCGUGGCCAUCUUUGUGCUACCCGUGGCCAUGCUCAUAGCCUGUUAUAGCCUCAUUUGCUGUGAGAUCUACAAGAACCUUAAAGUGAAGACACAGGCUGGCAGGGAGGAAGGAAAGGGCUGGAGGACUUGGGAGUCCUCAUCUUCUGCCCCCGCUGCGGCCACUGGAAGGCUGCCGUCCCGGGUCAGCAGCAUCAGCACCAUCUCCAGGGCAAAGAUCCGAACUGUGAAGAUGACCUUUGUCAUCGUGCUGGCCUACAUCGCUUGCUGGGCACCCUUCUUCAGUGUCCAGAUGUGGUCUGUGUGGGAUGAGGAUGCCCCUGAUGAAGAUUCCACCAAUGUGGCUUUCACCAUCUCCAUGCUUCUGGGCAACCUCAGCAGCUGCUGUAACCCCUGGAUCUACAUGGGCUUCAACAGCCACCUGCUGCCACGUUCCCUGAGUCACCGUGUCUUCUGCAGGGGUUCCCAGCCCCGGGUGCACAGGCAACUCUCCAACAGCAGCCUUGCUAGCCGCCGCACAACACUGCUGACCCACUCCGGUGGUCCCUCUACCCUCCGCCUCAGCCUUAACCUCAGCCUCCAGGCAAAGCCCAGGCCUGCCGAGUCACUGAAGGGUUUAGAGCAGAGGGCUGGAGAAGCCAUCGUGGAGACCAGCAUCUUUUAGAGAGGAUUCCCUGGAACCCGGCUCUGCACAUCUCAGGCAUUGGGAAUGAGGAAGAAUAGGGUUGGUGGUGGUACUGAGCAGAGCCUAGUUUGAAGCAGUCUAAAGAGGCUAGAAUGGCUGCCACUACCCUAGGUAUCAUGGCAGCCUCUAGUGAGCACUGGCCAUUCUCUCUCAGUUUUAGAUUGCUGGAAACCAGGCGGGUCAAAUUCCCUGUUUCUUUCACAUUCAUAAGGGCACCCACAAGUGUACCCAACUGGUGGAUAUAGAAUUCUGGAUGGCGCUAUCAGCUCAGAGGCUUGCCUCAUGACUUGGCUAAUUGUCCCCAUUCUAACCUGACUGGUACAUCUCAGUGCCACCGGGAGAGAAGAGAAGAGAAGAGAUUAUUAGAAGAAGAACAGGUGUGUGGGAAUUCCAGCUACACCCAUCUGUCUACAGAAAUGAGGCAGUUUGAUGGUGAUGUGGUACCUCGUACCCGAUGAUGAUGAUUUGGGACUGAUACCAAGUAGGGACAAAGUAAAUGCUAGCUCUUCUCCUACUACUGGAUGGGUGGCCUGGGAACACAUCCUGGGUUCUCAGUGGUAUGGCUCACUGGUGCUGAGACAGGGAGAAGGAGCAGAGGGAAGGCAGAAAAAAAUGGUCACGAUACAAUCAGGAGAAGGAAUAAGGCUGAGAGGCCACAGGCCUAGGAUCUUCCUCCUCGUCUCCUCCAGACUGUGUGGAAUAGACUUCCUUUCUGAAAACAGCUGACAUGGUCCUGGCUCUAGAGGUCACUGAGGUUCUAAGAGAAGCUGGAAUCAAGGUCUCUGCUCUGUCCUGGGAAGCCACCUCCACUUCCAAGUCUCAGCUUCCUCACCUAUAGCGAGAUGGCCUCUAGAGUCUUUCUCGGCUCUAGUCGGCCAUGACUUUGCAAGGCCGGAAUGGGUAAUAGCACAAACCCACAAAGGGCAUUCUAGCCAGCAGGCUCUAGGAUUGCCCCAUUUUCAUAAUUGCGUAUUCUCCUUUACUUCAGUUCUGCUAGGUUCCACCACACCAGAGAGGGUCCCUUUGACCUCUGCAUUGCUGAAUCCUCCUGAGAUAGGAAGAAGAGAUAGCGAAGAAAGGUGAAACCUCAGGCCUGGUCCCACUUUUCCUGAUUAUUUCCAGGGGAGCUAAAAUCUUAGAGGAACUUCCCUGCCUUCAUUCUGGGUCUCAGGGACAGCCAAGAUUAUACAAAAAGCACCAGUCCGCAGCAGGCCAGGGCAGCUGGGUCCUGGUCCUGGCCUAGCAGUGACUACAGUCAGUAGCGUGCUGAGCCUGGCUAGCUCAGUAGGAGAGUUCAGACGACGUGGGUAUACAUGCGGUUUGCAGUCACGAUGGAUCUGCAAGCUUUUGAGGGAAACUCUAAGGGUCAGGCUCGCUCCCCCAUGCCUUGGGGAUCUCUGAAGAGUGAUUGUGCCUCUGUAAAGACACUGCUCCUGUGUCAGCUUGACACAAACUAUGCUCAUCUUGGAGGAGGGAACCUCAGCUGAGGACUUGCCUUGAGCAGCCUGGUCUGGGCAUUUUCUUGGCUGGUGAUUGACGUGGGAGGGCCUGGCUAUUGUGAGUGGUGCCACCCUUGGGAAAGUGGUCAUGGGCUGUAUAAGAAGGAAGACUGAGCUGAAGACAUCCAUACAAGUAACAUCAUACAGACUGGGCGGUUUAUAUUUAUUUAGGGAAUAUAUAUGUAUGUGCAUAUAUGUAUGUAACAACCAUUGAUGAAAAAAGAGGACAUGAAUUUGAAAGCGAGAAGGGAAGGGUAUAUGGGAGAGUUAGGACGGAGGAAAGAGAAG